AUGCGCACGCGGGCCUGCCAGAAGCUGAUAUACCCAUCUCCGGCCCGGCUGCAUUAUUACGAGACCGUCAUCUACAUCCCCGCACCCUCAUUACGACUGCUCCGCGGCUACAUCUGCAGAGAGCACAAAUCCAUGGCGGCCGCCGAAGAGAACGGCAAUGGGCUGGAGUUCCUAACAGAUCCUGUCGACAGGUUCCCCUGGCCGGAUCUUGAAGCCAACGAUUUACCUCCGGGCGGUGAGGCAGGUACUUGUCUCACACAGUCGGCUGGUGAAUCAAGCAUGGGAGACAUUGGCGACGGUCCAGUGUCACUGCAGUUGGCCAUUAAUAACGGAUGCGAAGCACUGAGCUUGUCAGCGGGCGAUUCGCAGCAAUCAACAGGAAAAGAUGACCCUCAGGCCCAUGGUUGGACUAGAAGGUAA